AUGUGCUUCACACGUGUUCCGCAGGAGGAGAAGAAAAAGAAAAAGAAGAAGAAGAAGCGUGGAAAGCUGAGACUUCCAGGGAACCGCUACAUGCGAGUGACCGGCUUUGUGGUCUCAGAUCUUUGGUCCAAGACCGCAGCCGCGCAGUGGGCGGAGACAUGGCGAUCAUGGCAGGGUGCGGCUGGAACCAGUCAAGCCCCUUCAGGCAAUAUGGGAAUGCCCGCUUGGCCGCCUGCAGGCCACAUGGGCUGGGGCCAGUGGGCACCCGGAAUGCCUGGAUGGCCUCCAGGCCACGAGGAUCGGCCAGGAACCAGCAUGGGCUCCGAGGCUGGCCAUGCAGGCUGGGCUGUUGCGGAGCGAGAUGAUGUUGGAAGCUCAGUGAGCUAA